AUGGCCCGACGGUACCAGCCUUCGGAGCUGUUACAGCUACGCGAUUCUCCUCUAGUUGUUAAACCGGAUAACUUACCUCCUAUAGAAGAAUGGAUGGGGCCACCUCCAGACCCGCCCCUACAAAAGAAGGUUUCUAAUAGUCGAGAGCAAAGUACUCAACAAGAUACUGCGAACAGGAGGUCGAGCCUUUUCGAGAGCCGCCAUAUUUCACGUGGCUCGACUUCGGAAGACAUUGUUUUGGGUCCCCCCAGAACUUCAUUUGCAUCCGCGUCGCGUGGACUCGGCAAGUCUAACGAUACGACUGAUCGAUCCUCUACCAAAAUAAACGAGACUGACGACCAGAGACAAGAUCGGUACAAUUUUCGUGACAAAUUUUUCAAAGAUAGAGACGUUGGAGAUCGAGACAGUGACCGGAGGGAUACUAAAUCAGGCUUGGCAAAUGGCCGCCGCGCUGGCCGGGACGAUAGGGAGGACUGGCCUGGUGGAAGAACCCGCCGAACAUUUGGUACGGAAGAAUCUGAAAGAAGACCCAGGCGGAAUGGGGAUUCAGAGCGGUGGGAGAUGCGCGAUCAUCGUGAACACCCGGAAGGUGGCAAUGAUCGGGCUCCACGAGAUAAGGAAUCAGGCCGAUAUCCACCCCGAAGAGACGGCCAGGGCAGAGGCAAACAUGAUAAUUGGUUCCGAGACGGCGAGACGAAGGAUUCAGUGGAUGGUGAGGCAGAGAAAACACCGGUUAGACAUCGUGAAUGGCGUCGUGGUCCUCAUGGCGGGGACAGGGACUGGAAUCGAUCUGCGAAACAUGAACAGGAACCAGAAUGGCUGGACUCUACGGAUCGAGACGGGCCCAAAGAAACACAUACUCAGGCAGACUUUCAACGCUGGAAAGAGCGCAUGAAAGCAGGUUCUGUGCAGGCGUCCCAAGAAGAUAAGAAGGAGGUGUCCUCAGAACAAGCGAAUACGGAAUCCAAACCAAGGGAGUCAUCUAAACGGCUUGAUGGCGAAAUAUUUGGUACUCUAGAUCCUUCCCUUAUGGAUCCGGGUUUAGACAAGUUCUUUGGCCUGUGGAGCGAGAACAAACAAAUCCGCGACCAUACUCCCGAGAUUAUUGCGGAUGGAAAUACGAAUAUCGAGUCACUUCCAACAAAGGUGACGAAGGCUUCGCGAUUUGCGGGAAUUUUCAACCCACCCUCCGAAACUGCGAAUCGGGAGCCGGAGCCUCAAACCAUAAUCCACACCGAACAAGUCCGUCCGGCGUCUACCGAUGCAGACCAAGAAGGGUUCCAACGAAUAUUAGCAAUGCUUGGAGGAAAUAAAUCUAUGAAGGCAAGCCCUCAGGUUGAGGGGUCGAGGCAACAAGAGCAAUAUGAGGCCCCACCACCACAGCCUGAUCAUGUUAGAUCACCAACAACUAUGUCGUCUCCCGUACGAGAAUCUUUUCUCCAACAAGAGUAUGCUUCAUUGAACUCUCCUCGAGACCGCCCUCCCCCAGGGCUAGAAGCACUGUUUGUCCAAAAACCAAAAAAUCCACCUGGACCGAAUCUUGAUACGGAGUUCCUGCUUCGGCUUAUGAAGCAGUCCAAAAUUUCCUCUUCGAACCAUCAAAACAACCCCCCACCUCCGGGCGUUUCGUUGCAAACUACUGGAUCGAUGAAUGUGCAAGACGUGCAUGCUAGAGUUCAAGUGUUGGAGAAACAGAAAUCCCCCGUUUUCUUUGAUGAUCCAGCAAUUGCUAAUAUCAGGAGACCGGAACCUCAGGAUCCACGAGACCAUCUUCGCCGCAGAACCACUAACGGUAUCGUUAUGGGUUAUAUAGAUGAUAUGGGUUUCCCACCAUCACAAGGUAACCAGACCCCUAAUCAAGCCCCUGGCGUUCGUCCACCUAGACAGCCCCCAAUGGCACUGCAACGCCCUCCGGGAUUUGAGCGAGUCCAACCUCCUGGGUGGCCUAACCAACAACCGCAGCCACCUGGUCCCAACCAAUUCAUGCUACCACCCGGGCUUGCACAGCCGCCAAACCGAAAUAUGCAUCCAAAUUUCCCAGCCGCACCUCCUUUACCCCUUCAUGCCACAAUGCCACCACCAAAUGACCGUCAGGCUUAUCAACGAAAUGCGAUAGGAGGUGGUCCACGAACAUUUGCUCCUCCCCCCGGCAUGAUGCCUCCUCCUGGUUACGUGAAUUCGAAUGCCCCGCCACCGGCUGCUUUCCCACCAAUGCCUCACACACCAGAUGGUAUGAUGAGUAUGUCUCAUGGAAAUGCUGCCCAGUAUGGCGGCCUCCUUCCUCAGGGCCCGCCCCAGUCGUCAUCAAGGCAGUUAUUUGACAUUCUUGGCCCGCUAAAUGGAGACGGAAGCACGGUUACUAGGAAUGGAGCAGGAAUGAUGGGUCCAUACCGCUAA